UAUAAAGUGCAGUUCGUUCUCCAGAUAUGGACCAUGUGAACGCAUCCUAUACGAUGCCAUGUCGGUAUACCGACUGUUGAACGAUGUGAAUGAAAUAAGCGUGAAUGAUUGAAUGCCGGUCCUGUACUUUGUACUUGCGUCUCUAAAUUUGUCAUUUGGUUUUAAUAAUCCACGUUUACCUUGCUCCCAGGCUUUGUGUCCUACUUAGUGUGUGUCACUUGUUCGUGUCGGUCUGUUUGUCAAGUGUAUUCUUUCCUGUUUCACAGGUGAAGCUGUCCUAGUCUCUCUAGUAAAUUUUGUCACUGUACUGCAAUGGCCUCAGAUGGGUCAGAUAUUGAUGACUAUGAGUCCUGCAAUUGGUUCCUAAAAGUACGACCCCAAGUGCUUGUUUCAGAAGUCCACUCACAUCCCUUGACAUCCAAUGAAGGAUAUUUGAUGGAUAACCGUACACAGCGGUUUGUGGAGCGUUAUUUCAAUGCCUUUUAUUUAGUUGAUGUUGGUGGGGAAUUAGAAAACGAUAUCUGUUUACUAAGGCAUAGCAAUACUGUAUGUGUUGUUGGCCUUGCCUUUGGUCAUCAUAUUUUUAAACGGUGUGUCACAAAUGCGUGUAAUAAAACGGAUUCGGCAGUGAAUCAUCAAAUCUUGGGAUUGGACUACCAGGUUUCCAAUGGUCUGGACCGUUUGAAAAAUGAAAUUAGGGGUCGUCGCAAACAUGGAAGUCACAUUUUGAGUAAAUCCACGGAUAUACUUGCCUAUGCUGUCUGUGAUCAAGGAGUGAGACAUCCUAUAGUAUGUGGGUUACAAGGACAUCUUUUAGAAGUAAACAGUAAUCUCGAUAUCAGAAAAAAUCAACCUGACUCUUAUUCUUCUCCGCCUAUCCAUAACUCAGAUAACCCAUGUUCCUCUUUGUCAGCAGUAAACUUAACUCCUUUGAUAGAUAAAGGGGAUAAGAUUGGGGUUGGCACAUAUGUGUGCAUUAUAAUGCAGAACUCAAGGUCAAAGAAAUCUCGAAGUGGUAAAGUGAGUGAUUACUCAUUAUCGAAAACUGGUGGUCCUAAUUCGGCUCUUACACCUCAUGCAGAUGAUUUUCCAGAAUAUAUUGACUGUUCUACUCAAUCAGAAUACGCGUCACAAAUUGGCGAUUUUAUUUUAUUCUCCAAAUCUCAAAAAGUGCUCAACUGGAAUGAAUAUGUAACCCUUAGAUUAUCCCAUUGUACAUAAUGAUAUGUUUAAUGUCUACGUAUUUUGAUGAGUUUUUUUUAUUCCUUUAAACAGUGUUAAAGUAUCCAACAGGUUAAUAUGUAAACACUAAAUUCUAGCGCAUUCUUCUUAAAUAUCACCCUUGUAAUGAUAAUAAAUAACGAUGGUUCGGGACCGGUUUCACUUCAGAAUCACUAUACCGUAGAAUUCUUGUGAAGAUUUUUCUAUUGAUAUAAGUAUAAAACUUCGGCACUGUGGUAGAGUAUAAUUCC